UAAAAAUUUCUUAUCAUUCAAGCCAGUUUGAUCCGGUAUGCAUUGGUGACGGUUGAAAGUGCCAUCCCUAUCCCCUCUCCUUAUCUAGCUGCUGCUGCUCCCUCACCACAGCCAAAAAGAUCAGAGAAAUUCUCACUACUUUGGGUGAGACUGUGAGAGUGAUCUCUUCGCAAUCACAAAUGAGUCAUGACUCCUUUCUGCAAAGCCAUAGACACCACCACAGCUUCUCUACUAAAACCCUCAAUUCUCCUCCACAAAACACCCCUCAACUUCUGCCACUCUCUCAAUUACACCCCUAAUCUCAGCAGCAGCAACCUCACUCUCACUUCAAAACGGCCACAAAACCACCUCCGCCCAAUCACCGCCACAGCCAACGCCAGCCACCCAGCUGCGACAUCCGAAAUCGACAUGGUAAAAAACAGACAAGGAAUCUACACGUCAAAACAGAACAAAGUUGUUGUUUUAUGGGACCUCGAUAACAAACCCCCACGUGGGCCGCCGUACCCGGCGGCGGUGGCAUUAAAAACAGUAGCACAAAGAUUCGGCGAAGUAAUCGACAUGUGUGCAUACGCUAACCGGCACGCGUUUAUUCAUUUGCCACACUGGGUGCUUGAAGAAAGGCGUGAGAGAAAACACUUGGACAUUUUGGAGAGAAAAGAAAUUGUAAGCCCUUCACAGCCUUAUGUCUGUGGCGUUUGUGGGCGCAAAUGUAAGACUAAUUUGGAUUUGAAGAAGCAUUUUAAGCAAUUACAUGAGAGGGAAAGACAGAAGAAGGUGAACAGAAUGAGAUCGUUGAAAGGGAAAAAACGGCAGCGAUAUAAGGAGAGGUUUGUAUCUGGGAAUCAUAAAUACAAUGAGGAAGCAAGGAGGUUGUUAACUCCGAAAAUUGGGUAUGGGUUAGCCGCAGAGUUGAGGAGAGCUGGGGUUUACGUGAAGACAGUGGAGGAUAAGCCACAAGCUGCAGAUUGGGCAUUGAAGAGACAAAUUGAGCAUUCAAUGAGUAGAGGGGUGGAUUGGUUGGUUUUGGUUUCAGAUGAUUCGGAUUUUUCGGAGAUUUUAAGGAAGGCGAGGGAGGCCAAUUUGGGCACUGUCGUGGUGGGGGAUAGGGAUAGAGCAUUGGGAAGGCAUGCUGAUUUGUGGGUUCCAUGGAUUGGGGUUGAGAAUGGGGAGCUGACUGAGAAGGAUUUGGUGCCGAAAGGUAGGUGGAGGAGUGAGGAUUUGGAAAAUGAUGAGGGGUUGUUUUCGGUUACGGAUUUUGAUGAGGAUGGUGAUUACGGGGGGAAUGAUUUGGAGGGAUUUGUUGAUGGACUUGUAAUGGCGAGGUCUGGGUUUAAUGGUACGAGGAUUUCAGCUUUUUCAGAAGGGGAAGAGGAAGAUGAGCAGGGUUAUUUGUUAUAUGAUAGUGAGUAUGAGGAAAUUGAACUUGAAGAUGGGGGUUUUUGGUAAUGGUUGAACAUUGUGUUUUAAGGGGCAUUUCAUUGUUUAGUGAAACGUAGGAUGGAAACAUAAGGGUAUAGUUCAAUUAAUAGUAUGGAUGCAAGCAGCUGUUUAAUGGACUGUGUAGUGUUAGUAGUUGGCUGCCUAAGGAAGUUGCAGAAUAAAUAUGAACAAUGUUAUUUUGCUGCCUGCAUCUUGUUUGUCUAACUUCCUCCAUGAGCUCAGUUCAUUAUCUGAAUAUAACUGUUGAUGCCGCUGCAUUCGAUUUACAAACGGGUA